GCCAGUGCCACGACUCGCGACCGCCCUUCGCAGCCCGAGCUGGCCGGGCAGCCAUCGGUCAUCAUAAUCAUGAGCGCGGACCUCAUCAAGGCCGCGAAAGCAGGCGACGUGGCGGAGGCGCGGCGCUGCCUCGACGCCGGUGCGGACGGGAAGAGGAAUGAAGCUUUAAUGGAAGCAGCCCGGUGCGGCCACGCGGAGGUGGCAGCUUUGCUCAUAGAGCGCGGCGCGAACGCGUCGUACGGCUCCAAGAAGUGCGAUUUUCAGACGCCGUUGAUCCAGGCUGCUCUAGAAAAUAAGCUCGCCGUCGUCGAGCUGUUGAUAGAAAAAGGAGCGAACGUCAACGCGAAUGAUAAUGAUUUCCGGACGGCGCUGAUGUACGCCGCGAAGGAGGGCCACGUGGCCGUCGUGGAGGCACUACUCAAAGCCGAGCCGGAUUUGACAUUGUCAGACAACGACGACUUGACGGCGCCGAUGUUAGCUCAACUCUUCGACCAGGACGCCGUCGUCGAGAUUUUUAAGGCCGCUGGCGUCACGCAGUUCGAGAAGGAGGACUCGGACGACUACUGAGGCGCGCCUCCUGAAAUUCGCCUCCCCGCCACAGCGGGAAUAAG